ACUAAACACUCUUACACUAAUUUAGCUUUGGAGUAAACAAAAAACCAACCGCUUUCACUUUGUUCUUGCUUUAAAAAAAUGGCAUCAGAAUAAAUUUCACCAUUCUUAUCUCAUUUCCCCCUACUUUUCCAUCACUUUCUCGAGAAAAUCAGAGCAAAACCGCCAUUGUAAGCAUCUCAGAUAUGUACAAGAACCAACUGCAAGAAUUGGCUCAAAGAAGCUGCUUCAACUUGCCAUCUUAUUCGUGUAUAAGGGAAGGACCAGACCAUGCUCCUCGUUUCAAAGCUACGGUCAAUUUCAAUGGAGAAACUUUUGAGAGCCCUGCUUUCUGCUCGACUUUGAGGCAGGCAGAACAUGCGGCUGCUGAGGUAGCGUUGAACACACUUGCUAGUAGAGGCCCCUCGAGAGCAUUAGCUGCUAGAGUGCUGGAUGAAACUGGAGUCUAUAAAAACUUGCUUCAGGAGACUGCUCACAGGGCUGGCUUAAAGCUUCCUGUGUACACAACUGUUCGUGCAGGUCCUGGGCACGUUCCUAGCUUCUCGUGCACAGUUGAACUUGCUGGAAUGGGUUUUACUGGGGAACCAGCUAGGACCAAGAAACAAGCACAAAAGAAUGCAGCAAUGGCUGCUUGGUCUGGCCUCAGAAGAUUGGUCCAACAUGGUGCGUCAUCCUCCAGUUCAUUAUCUUCUCCAAUUGAAAAUAAAAAAGGCGGUGAGGAGCAAGAACAAGUUGUUGUUGCUCGUUUUCUUGCGUCUCUACAACCAUCAGAAUUGAAGAAAUUCAAGCAAAAAGAUUGCCAGAUAGGACAUGAGAGAUUUGUUCCAAUCUGCCAGGACUUAACCCCUCCAAAUGCAACCUUAUAUCCUAUGCUAUGCCAAAACUGGGCAUUUCCUAGCUUUUCUCCGGAAAUGGCCGUUUACCAAAUGUGGCAGCAAGAACAAUUGUUGCAGCUGCAAAACCGUUUGCUAACACUUCAAGUUCCGCCAGCCCCUCCUCGUGGUCCUCCGAUUGUUCCUUAUAUGCAGUCUAUACUCACCCCAGAUUCCCAUCUAUUUGUUCCUUUACGGCAGCAAGAACCUGUACCUCUUGGCCCCAGACUUUCAAUUGCCUCCUCGCGUCCAUUACUGUACCUCUCAGAUACCGCGACUUCUGAUUCAGGCAGCGGCAAGUCAACUGUUACCAUCCAGGAGAUACCCGACGAGAAAUCAGAGGAUUUACCUUGUUGCUCUCCAUCCAUGGUUUCAGAUUUCCCUGUUCUCGGAAACUUUGGUACUGAAGUGAGAUUCAAGGAGCUGAGUUGCAACGAUGACAAAAGGGGUUCACCGGAGAGCAUGGUUGAGAAUGUUCAAGUUGGAGAGAACCGAACUGAGCAAGCUUCCCAGAGGAACAUCGUCGAUUCAGGAUACUCGCAUAUGGUGCAAAAUCCAAUCGGUUUUGUCUCUUCCCGUUCUACUUCACAAUUUUCUCCAAGACCAAACUCAACAAGUAAUAGACCGCCCGCUAUGAUGAUCAGAAGUGUGGGACCAAAACCUUUGCGUGCAGCGCCUCCUGUACAGACUAGAACAAUGGGACCGGUUUCUUCAGUGCACAUGCCACAUGAUUGGGCAGCACGAAUUCAUGAUCCUCCAAGAAUGAGAACGGGCGGUCCCUCGUAUUCAACCCGACCCCAUCCUCAAAGAAUGGAGUUCGGAGGAGUUCACCCCCGUUUCAUGGCACCAGCUGUUCGAAUAAGAUCAGUUGUACCAGUUUGUUCCGCUCCACCACCAGCCCGGAAAAUGCCAGCUGCUGAGCAAGAGGGAGCAUCAGUUAACAAACAGAAGAAUGAUGUAAUACCUGAAAAUGUCUCAACGACAAGUUCAGAGUUUGGCAAGCUUAGAAUAUGAGUUUACCAGAGAAUUUAUCUUUAUCUUAAAAUUAGUUAGUAUUAUUUGGCAAUUAAAUGUAUUGUGGUGUUUGUGCACCCAAAUGCUUGAUAAAUGUAAUCGAAAAAUAAAAGGAAACUGUUAUAGAUAUAUUUAUAUUUUAAAUAUACACAUAUUCGAAA